GAUUAGUUUCACCGCGCUCUCUGUUGUUCUCUCGUGAUGCUGGUUUACUACAAACUGUUAGAAAUGUUGUUUCUGUAAAUAGAGAAAAACAGUUUUGAAUCAGGUCAAUAAAUACCUGUAAUAUUCUCAUCCUCACAGUAGUGACUACGUUUUGAUGAAAAGCAGGAAUAUCUGGAGGAGUAUCAUCUGAACUGAGAUCUGCUGCUGUGAAGAUGGAGUUUGUUAAAGAAGAGAGUGAAGAGAACACGAGUGAACCAGAAACCUGGAGAAUAAAACACGAGGAACCAGAAACCUGGAGAAUAAAACACGAGGAACCAGAAACCUGGAGAAUAAAACACGAGGAGCUAGAAACCAGGAGAAUAAAACACGAGGAGCCAGUAACCUGGAGAAUAAAACACGAGGAACCAGAAACCUGGAGAAUAAAACCCGAGGAGCCAGAAAUUUGGAGAAUAAAACACGAGGAGCCAGAAACCCGGAGAAUAACCAGAAACCGAGAGAAUAAAACACAAGGAGCCAGAAAUCUGGAGAAUAAAACACGAGGAGCCAGGAGAAUAAAACACGAGGAACAAGGAGGCCUAAUGAAAAUGAAAGAAGAAAGGCAAGAUCUGAAUGAGGUGGAGAAGAAAUAUCAGGAUCAGAAAGAUUAUGAUGUCAAUGGAGAAAAAUCAGUGAGUUCCAGCAUUAAAACAACAGAAGUCAAGAGGCCUUUCAGCUGCUCUCAGUGUGGACAGAGUUUCAUACGUAACAGUAAUCUUAAGACUCAUAUGUUAAUUCAUGCUGGGAUAAAGCCUUUCAUCUGUUCUCAGUGUGGAAAGAGUUUUACAUAUAAAGUAAGCCUUAAGAACCACAUGAUAAUUCAUACUGGAAUAAAGCCUUUCAGCUGCUCUCAGUGUGGAAAGAGUUUCAUACGGAAAGUAAUCUUAAAGGAUCAUAUGUUUAUUCAUACUGGAAUAAAGUCUUUCAGCUGCUCUCAGUGUGGAAAGAGUUUUACACUGAAAGAACACCUUAAGAGUCAUUUGGUAACUCACUCUUCAGAAAAACCUUUCAGCUGCUCUCAGUGUGGAAACACUUUCACGUUUAAAUCAAGCCUUAAGAGGCACAUGCUAAUUCAUACUGGAAUAAAGUCUUUCAUUUGCUCUCAGUGUGGAAAGAGUUUUACACUGAAAGAACACCUUAAGAGUCAUUUGGUAACUCACUCUUCAGAAAAACCUUUCAGCUGCUCUCAGUGUGGAAAGUGUUUUAAACUGAAAGCACACCUUAGGAGUCAUUUGGUAACACACACUUCAGAUUAACCUUUCAGCUGCUCUCAGUGUGGAAAGAGUUUUACAUAUAUAUCAAGCCUUAAGAGGCACAUGUUAAUUCAUACUGGGUAAAAGACUUUCACUUGCUCUGUUUGGAAAAACUUUUACACAGAAAGGACAUUGCAAGGUUCAUUUGGUAACACACUCUUCAUUAAAAGCCUUUCACCUUGGGGAGUUAAAGUAAAUUACUGUUUUUCUGAAUGACUGUCAUCAACUGGAUCACCUCAAGGAUGUGUCCUCUCCCCCUUAUUAUUUAUCUUGUACACAAAGGCUGUAAGAAUAGUUAUAGAAAUAGGCAUAUUAUAAAAUUUGCUGAUAAUUCCGUAAUCGUUAGCUUAUUGAUUGAGGACGACUCCAUGUUUGGCCCUGUGGAUUAUGAUUUUAUUACGUGGUGUCAGAAUGCUUUCUUGAAACAUACUGUAAAGGCACAAUAUGUAAUUUUCACAGCUGGAGGGCGUGAAUUCAAAAUAAGCCGUCUAAGAGAAACAAGGCCAGUGAACAAACGUGACACAUGUAUAGUUUGAAAGCUUUUAUUAUGCCACAGUUGAUCGCUUCCACUGCUUCCAGUCGUGCGUAUGAGAGGAAAAGCAGCGCUGUUUUAUCAUACAAGAUACGUUUGAAAGUCCUGUUAUAAUGCUAUUCUGUGCUGUCAUCACCGGUCUAUUAAAAUGCACAACAUAUUAAAGCGUCUUUGGUGUUUCCAUGUUUUCUAAAAAACAAAACCAGAAAUGGAGGGGUUAAGAAGUAAUUGGCAGGUGACACAAUAAGACUAUGGCCACUGUCCGUGUAACUAGUUUUAAACAUUCUUUGAAACAUUCGUGAUGAUGUAAGUACACAAGUCAGCAAAAUAUAUAACACUUCUAGUGGUUUUGGGAUAUUGUAAUAAAAUAAUCUUACAUAUUGUGCAUUUAAUGUUUAUAAACUAAGGAGAUGACUAUUGAUUUUAACUCUUGGAUGAAAUCUAUUUAGUAUAACUAAAUAAGCAUUAAUGGAGUAGGUAUUGAGAGUGUUUAACAGUACAAGUAUUUGGGCACUGUGUUGGAUAACACAUUUUAAUUUUCUCCCAAUACUGAGGUUUUGUGUAAGAGGGGGCAGCAAAGAUUUUAUUGCUUGCGGAAACUAAGGUUAUUUAAUGUGGACAAAACAUUGAUGUGCAUGUUCUAUAGAUCCUAUAUUGAGUUACUGUUAUCUUUUUCACUGUUGUGCUGGUUUAAUUCUCUAAAAGUGAAAAACAUUAAUUGUCUUGAUGAUUGUGAACCAGGGAAGUAAAAUAACUUUUUAUCCCCGCUGUUGUAAAGUUUUUAAAUUUAAGGUAAGAACUUUUUAGGAAGGAAAUGUAUUGUGUUUUUGUUGUUUAUGUGAAAUUUUUGAUUGCUUCAACCAAAUUGCCUUUGGGAAAUAAAUAAAAUGAAUUGAACUGAACCUGC